AUGAUCGGCAACAAGCUCACUCUUCUCACUGCCACCGCCGCUCUUCUUGAGCCGGCUCUCGGCCUCAACGCCCACCGUCACCACCACCAGCACGUCCAGAAGCGUGCCGAGUGGAUCACUGCCACCAUCGACGGCCAGGUUGUCUCUUGGGAGAACAACUACUUCGGCCCUGUCUCUCAGGCUCCUGCUGCCCCCGCUCCCGCCGCUGCUGCUCCCACCCAGGUCGCUGAGAAGCCCGCCGAGGAGCAGGUUGAGGCUCCCGCCCCCGUCUCUGUCCAGCCUACCACCCUCGCCCAGGUCGCCAAGCCUGCCAAGGUCUCCCAGGCCCCCAAGAAGGCCGUCUUCAAGGAGGAGGCUCAGCCCGCCGCUACCACCACUGCUGCUGCUGCUCCCAAGGCCACCACCAACACCAAGACCACUUCUCAGUCUAGCGGCGGCUCCGUUGGCUUCUCUAGCAAGCGUGGUAUUGCUUACAACGAUGUCGACCUGGCCAACACCUUCGCCUCCAACUGCCAGAACUGUGGCUGGGCUUACAACUGGGGCCCUUCCUCUGGUGGCAUCAAGGGUGUGAACUACAUCCCCACUCUCUGGGGUGAUGCCGACGACAAGGUCAAGUACUUCGAGGACAACAUCGACGAGUGCCUCUCCAACGGCGCCAAGGCCAUCUUCAGCUUCAACGAGCCCGACAACGGUGGUCAGGCCAACAUGGAGCCCGCCCGCGCUGCUGCCUCCCACGUCAAGCUUCUCAACGGCUACUCUGGCAAGGCUCUCAUCGGUGCUCCUUCCAUCAGCAACAGCGGUCUUGCCGGUGAGGGUAUUGCCUGGCUCAAGAGCUGGGUCUCCGCUUGCGAGACUGCCGGCUGCAAGUACGACUUCUGCAACGUCCACUGGUACUCCGAGGUUGAGUACGGUGAGACCCUGUUCGAGCACCUCAAGGCUGCCCACGAGGCCUGCGGUGGCAAGCCCAUCUGGCUCACCGAGUUCGCCCCCUUUGGUUCUGAUGAUGCUAUUGCUGGCUGGCUCAAGGAGGCUAUUCCCCGACUUGAGUCCCUCGAGUACCUCGACGCCUACUCCUACUUCAUGGUUUCCCAGGGCAUGCUCAUGACCUCUGCGUCUGAGCUCAGCUCCUACGGCAAGGUGUACGCCUCGGCCUAA